AUGAGCCGCGCGUUCGCGUACGUGAUCCUGGGAGGCGGCGUAGCCGCGGGAUACGCGGCGCUGGAGCUAGUCCGCCACGGCGACGGCGUAUCACCCGGCGAGCUCUGCAUCAUUUCCGACGAGGCGGUCGCUCCUUACGAACGCCCUGCACUAAGCAAAGGCUAUCUGCUCCCGCGAGGGGCUGCUCGUCUUCCGGCGUUCCACACUUGUGUUGGUGCUAACGAUGAGUUGCUCACGGAGCAAUGGUACAAAGAUCACGGUAUAGAACUAGUUCUUGCGACGAAGGUGGUUUCUGCCGAUGUCCGGCGGAAGACACUGCUCACAGCUACCGGAGAGACCAUCAGCUAUAAGACUCUCAUCAUCGCGACAGGUGCGCGGGCAUUGAAGUUGGAGGAAUUCGGAGUGACCCGUUCAGAUGCUACGAACGUGUGCUACCUGCGCAGUCUGGAGGAUGCAGAUAAAAUGGUGGGAGUUAUGAGAUCGUGCCAUGGUGGAAACGCUGUUGUGAUUGGUGGCGGGUACAUAGGAAUGGAGUGCGCGGCGGCCUUGGUCGCCAAUGAGAUCAAGGUCGCCAUGGUAUUCCCGAGAAAACACUGCUUGGAUCGUCUCUUUACACCGAAAAUCGCUGAAUUUUACGAGAAUUACUAUGCUGCAAAGGGAGUUACUUUCAUCAAAGAAUCCAGGGUUACGUCCUUCGAGACAUCGUCAGAUGGGAAGGUGACUGCAGCGAUCCUGCGAGAUGGCAGGCGCCUCCCCGCCGACAUGGUGGUCGUCGGCAUCGGCGCUCGCGCCAACGCCGAGCUCUUCGACGGCCAGCUAGCGAUGGAGAAAGGCGGGAUCAAGGUGAACGGGCGGAUGCAGACGAGCGACGCCGCCGUGUACGCCGUGGGCGACGUGGCGGCAUUCCCCGUUGCGCUACUGGGCGGUGACGUGCGCCGGUACGAGCACGUCGACUGCGCGCGCCGUACCGCCCGGCGGGCCGUCGAGGCGAUCAUGGAGCGCUCUGAUGGCGCCGAGGAGCGGGGGGAGAAGGGCUUCGACUACCUGCCGUUCUUCUACUCCAGGGUCUUCGGGCUGUCCUGGCAGUUCUACGGCGACAACGUCGGCGAACCUGUCCACUUCGGGGACUUCUCGGCCCCGGCCGGCGGAAGGCCAAAAUUCGGAGCGUGUUGGGUCAGCGGAGGGCUUGUCGCAGGCGUGUUCCUCGAAGGCGGGAGCAGGGAGGAGAACGAGGCGGUGGCGUCCGCCGUUCGGUGCCGCGCAAGGAUCGGUGAUGUGGCCGCCGAACUCGAGAGCCGCGGCCUCGCGUUUGCCGACCAGGAGUCCCGCCGGAAGUUGACGCGUCGUUGUUAUGGGCUUGCUGCCGGCGGUGACAAGCCUACGUAUGCGUGGCAUGCCACGGUCGGCGUCGCCGCGGCGGUGUCCAUCGCGGCGUUCGCGUACUGGUACGGCUGGCAGGCGCCGUACGUGGUGAAACGAGAAUUCUGAAUACUAUGUUGCCUAUCACGUGGAGGCUGACCUCAAGUAAGAUGCAAGCGGGAUCGUAACAAAAUCCACACUUCUGAUUUAUUUUGUGGUUUCCGGUUUAAAUUUUAGUUCUAAAAUUUAGACUUUAUCGGGACCUCGC